AUGGGUAAACCCCUCUCAUCUAACAGUAGACUGUUAACCCUAGCUCCCGAAUAUGACCAGUCAUCAGGUCUGAUACGUGUCGGGGGAAGGCUUAGACGAUGUGAUAGUCUGAGCCAAGAAGAACUGCAUCCCAUUCUCCUGCCAUCUUCCCACCCAGUGGUCAAGCUUCUAAUUCAGCAUUAUGACAACCAGCUGCACCACCCUGGAUCAGAGCGUGUUUUUGCUGAACUUCGCAGGAAAUACUGGAUACUGAGAGGCAGAGAAGCGGUCAAGAAGCACCAGCAUUACUGCGUGGACUGUAGGAAGUGGAGAAGCCGCCCACAGGUACCAAGGAUGGCCGAUAUACCCCCCUCCAGUUUGAGACUAUGUCGACCCGCCUUCUAUUCCACUGGUGUUGACUGUUUCGGACCGAUGAUUAUUAAAGUGGGACGACGCACAGAGAAGAGGCGCUUCGUUGCUCGCAGAGGCAAGCCCUAUGAACUACUCUCAGACCAGGGCACCAAUUUCAAAGGAGGAAAUAAAGAAUUGCAUGAGGCCUUCAGUGCCCUAGAACCUGCAAUCAAGGACCGACUUGCAGCCGAACAGAUCCGUUUCAAAUUCAACCCACCUAAUGCUCCACACUUUGGCGGCUCCUGGGAACGAGAAGUGAGAUCUGUCAAGAACGCCCUACGUACCACCUUGGGAGCUCAGACAGUGCCAGAGGAAGUUUUGAUGACCGUCCUAAUUGAAAUAGAAGGAAUCCUCAAUUCAAGGCCCUUGGGUUAUGUAUCCUCUGACCUUGCUGACCCUGACCCAGUCACACCCAACUGCCUGUUGAUGGGGCGGCCGGACUCAUCACUCCCUCAAGUGAUCUACCCUGCAACAGAACUACUGAGUCGGAAAAGGUGGCGUCAUUCUCAGAUUCUAGCCGAUCACUUCUGGAAACAUUACAUUCAGCACUUCCUUCCCACCUUGCAAGCCCGACAGAAGUGGAAGACGGAGAGUGAUGACAUCACAGUCGGCACAGUCGUCCUCAUUGUGGAUCAGCAAGCCCCAAGAGCCCUCUGGCAAAUAGGGACAGUGAAGACUGUCAUUCCUGGAGCAGACGGCCGAGUGAGAACAGCUGUAAUUCGAGUAAAAGACCGGACGUACACGCGGCCAGUUGUUCGUCUUGUCAAGCUACCAGCCUUACCUCGGGAUAUUGAUACCUUGACACCUAAUGGUCAAAUUUGUUAA